AUGGGCAGCCAUAAUAAUGGGAAUUUGUUCAGGCUCCAUCCCCUGGUUCACCAUGAUGGUUGUGCACAAAAAUCCGAGCUCCUUCAGAAAGUUGACGACACGAUGGCCGUUCUACACACUCACGCCAUCGCCGGAAGCCUUGGGGGCAUCCUUACUGGCCUCUUCGCUCACCCUAGGCUAUGUAUGUUAUUCUAUGCCGACUACAAGCAGUACGUUGGCCUCUUCUACGGCUUUCACAUGGGAGAUUUCCGCACGGGAUUUAGACAGAUAGGGCUUCAGCUUCUAGGAAUUCUGUUUGUGGUUGUGCUUAACGUUGUGAGCACAAGCUUGAUAUGUUUGUUUAUCCAACUCAUUGUCCCUUUAAGGAUGUCUGAAGAGGAUAUGGCUAUUGGUGAUGAGGCUGCUCAUGGAGAGGAGGCUUAUGCUAUUUGGGGCCAAGGUGAGAGGCUCGAGAGUUCGAAGUUUUCGAAUUGCAACGACAUUGAAGUGCCGGUGACUACGGGUCAAGUUGAGAUGAUAUGA